AUGACCGUCUUAGAGCACGGGUUUGUCGUUGCCCCUCAACCGCCACCCGAGAGCUUCCCAAAUUCACAGCUCCGGCACAAUGAAAAACGAUCGAGUGUCUCCCGCGUGCGUGUCGCUGCGUGCUGGAGGAUAUCAUUUGUAGCCUGGUCUGCCGAAAACCUGCCUAGACACAUUAGAAGCACAGAGGAUCGUAGUGACCAGUUCCACCGUGCGACAAACACUUACCGCAACCUUCUGUUUCCAAUAUGGGAUGGAAUUUUUUCAAUAAGCUUGAGGCCUUCUGAGCGUUCCGCACCGCAUUCACUCGAGGCAGAGAUUUCGGCCACAUACAGCCGAACAGGAGCCACGUUACCGAUCAAAACAUACGCCUAUCAAGUGAUGUGGGAAUUGAGAGAGGGUCUGGCACUGGACCGUUUCGUGCAAAAGUCACCAGAGGCCCCUGCAGCUGACGGGUGUAAUGACGACUCAGUUCCGUGGGAUGAAGUUAUGAAGAAGUCUAAACAGAUAAACACGAGAGUCGAACGGGUUGGAAAUGAAAGUGACCAGCCAACUGCAUCAGUAUCGUCAUCCGACUCUGCGGGGUCUGAAGAUUAUUCUUGCAACAUCAGUUUCAAUCCCUCCCCACUACCACCAGCCGUUCUCUCUAUGAGAUUAAGCCCGGUCCCAGUCAUUCCCAACUGCCGCCUCCAAACCCCGGAUGUCUACCCAGCUCAACCCGGUUCCCCGACGAGUCCAUCUACGAUUAACCCUCACCUGGCUGGGUCAUCCUCUAUCCCCCUCCUUCGGGUUAAGUUGCGACAUCGAGGAGUCUCACCCGCCUUAACACUCUUACACUGGUAA